AUGAGAGACAUACGUCAAGAAGUUCAGGCAAUACUUGUUGCAAGAAGAUCAGGUAUGCCCUACCGUUCAAAGGACUGGGCAGUAGGUACGAUCCACUUACCUCCAAAGGCUAAAGCUUUCGGCGUCUGGAAACGUCUCCUACCAGAGUCGGCAACGUUUGUAUCUGUUCAUUGUGAUGGAAGGAGGACCAGGAUUACAACAGAGCUUUCGUUGGAGAUAAACAAUGCUCUAAAGAAAGACUCUGGAAUAUAUCUGUGUUUCAACGGACCAGAAAUCAUGGCCAAGUAUGCUGUAGAUAUUAUCGAAUGGGAACCUCAUCGUUAUAUUAUUAUGUCUGGAAGAAAGAAAAAUCCAAGUACAGAGGGUUCCACAGAUCUUGUUCUGAAUGAUCAAAAUCUGGUUGUAGGUAUGAGUUGGUCGGAAUGGAGCGAAUGUAACCGCUGUGGCACUGUUGGGAAAAGAAGAAGAUUUGGAAUAUGCACAGUAAAGAAGUUGAAUCCAGGUUUAUCAUCCAAACCUACGGAUACAGAGCUCUUCAAUGAGUAUAAAAGUGGAUUACCUUGCAGAUCUAGCCUAUUGCCAGGAGAAAUAAGAAACCUAUCCGCCAUUUGUAACAUGAAAUCUGAAUUUGUGAUAGGAUUUUGUAAAAUCCCAUGUCCUUCUGCUGCUAGCAUUGUCGUUGUGACUGAUAAGAAUGGAAAGGUUUUGGAUACUGUAGACAACAGCCAAGGUGUCUAUUCCAUGCAACAACCAUUGCCUCCGCUUCCUGAAUUAGUUAGACGUAGGACUGUGUAUGAAGAAUUGGACAAAAGUAUUAUCUUAACUUGUCCAGGGAACAAGGAAGGAAAGUUUCUGAUUUGGAGAAAUGAAUCUUAUAUUAUCAACCCCAGCAAAGUGCACAUUCGAACGAAAGGAAGAGUGAAAAUUGAUCUUGCUAAUAACCUUAUCAUUAGAAAACUUCGCUACACCGAUACAGCUACAUACAG